AUGGAACAAGGGGAUGGUGGUGGCAGUCAUGGCGUUAGUGGACCAGACCAGAUUGCAUACGAUUCAGACCAAACCAAGCUUCACAAGUCACAGUUUCACACACCAAGCUUCACAGAUCAAGUUUCACUCCAUCGUCUUCUCCACUCAAGCGUUAGUGGACCAGGUCAGACUCUAUACAAUUCAGACCAGACUAAGCUUCACAGGUCACAGCUUCACAUACCAAGCUUCACUCCAUUGUCUUUUCCACUCAGGGUUGAUCGAGCAACUCCUUCUCCACUUGAUCUCUCGUUACUCAAGCUUCGCAGGUCACAGCUUCGAUUAGCGGUCCUUUAG